GACAAGCACUGCAUUCAACGGUAAAACAGACGAAAAUAGCAUGUUGCACAACCACAAUCAGUGGGUAUUUAUAACAGUUGAAACGCCUAAGCGGUAGUCGACGUUGUAAUUCUUGACAUAAAAAGAGCUGCUCAGAUCAAACGGUACUCGUCGUUGCAAGAAUGCAAGGAGGAUCAACAGGAAUCGGUUAUGGCCUCAAGUAUCAGGCGAGAUGCAUUGCAGACGUCAAAGCAGACACAGAUCAUACCAGUUUCAUUGCCGGCACUCUUAGUCUCAAAGAAGAAAACGAGGUGCAUUUGAUUAGGCUUUCGUCCGGCGGAACCGAACUCAUAUGCGAGGGUUUGUUUUCGCAUCCGAACGAGAUUUGGGACCUCUCUUCUUGUCCCUCCGAUCAACGCAUUUUCUCCACCGUCUUCUCUUCUGGUGAAUCUUACGGAGCAGCAAUUUGGCGGAUCCCCGAGCUAUAUGGCCAGUUAAAUUCUCCUCAAUUGGAACGACUUGCUUCUCUCGAUGCACAUAAUUCAAAGAUAAAAUGUGUGCUUUGGUGGCCUACUGGAAGGUACGACAAGUUGGUCAGUAUUGAUGAGCAGAAUCUCGUUCUUUGGAGCUUAGAUUCUUCGAGGAAGACUGCACAGGUACAAUCACAGGAGUCAGCUGGCAUGCUUCAUUAUUUAUCUGGUGGAGCAUGGGAUCCACUUGAUGUAAAUGCUGUUGCUUUAACAUCUGAAUCAUCAAUCCAAUUUUGGGAUCUGCGAACAAUGAAGAAAAUGAAUUCAAUUGAGCAUGCCCAUAUUCGUAAUUUGGACUAUGAUACCAAGAAGAAAUAUAUGCUUGUAACAGCAGAGGAUGAGUUUGGGAUACACAUAUGGGAUCUUAGAAUGCCAAAAAUUCCAGUCGCUGAGCUCCCCGGACAUGCACACUGGACAUGGGCGGUUAGAUGUAAUCCUGAGUAUGAAGGACUAAUAUUGAGUGCUGGAACAGAUUCAGCUGUCAACUUGUGGUUUGCUUCUGCUCCUAGUGGUGAUGAUUUGACAUCUGAAAGCUUGGUGGAGUCACCUACCAGGCGAGUAGAUCCAUUGCUCAAUUCCUACAGUGACUAUGAAGACAGUGUUUAUGGCCUUGCUUGGAGUUCUAGAGAGCCUUGGAUAUUUGCAUCAUUGUCCUAUGAUGGGAGGCCAUCCCAUUCAAGCAGAAAGAAUAAUAUUGGAGAAGGGUUUCGGAAGAACAACACAAAGAAGGCUGGCCAAGAGAUGAUGGCCAUGCCCCUUCUAAAAAAUCCACAAAAAACGGUGAUGCAAAUUAAGAGAUGGGUUUUGAAUCUUGAUUGGCGUCUCCUUCUCUUAAUCUUUCUUCCUAUCUCUCUCCUCAUAUUUUUUUCUCUCUCCUCCGGCACCACCACCACCACCACCUUUAAUCCUUUUUCUUCUUUCGUUCCUUGCAAAUCCAUUUGUCACGAUCAUGCCCCUUACCACCCUGGUCCAUCGAUAUCGUCCCUGAAUGGGGUUCACGGUAUGAACAAGUCGGAUAGGAAUUGGUGGCUGAAGGAGAAAAAGGACGAGUUGGAUCGGUCGAGAAUCGCUGUCUGCUUAGUGGGUGGGGCUAGGAGGUUCGAGCUCACUGGACCGUCGAUCGUUCAGAUGAUUCUAAAAGUCUACCCGAAUUCGGAUCUUUACUUGCGCAGUCCGUUGGACUCCAUGACAUACAAGUUGUCGUUGUUGAAGGUAGCGCCUAGGAUUGCCUCCGUGAAGAUAUUUAAGCCGAAGGUCAUUCCGGUGACUGAGUCACAUGUCCGAGUUCUCACAGCUCAAAACUCACCCAAUGGCGUACAGGUAGCGCCUAGGAUUGCCUCCGUGAAGAUAUUUAAGCCGAAGGUCAUUCCGGUGACUGAGUCACAUGUCCGAGUUCUCACAGCUCAAAACUCACCCAAUGGCGUACAGGGACUAUUGCAGUAUUUCAACCUGGUAGAAGGAUGCGUAACAAUGAUUAAAGCUUACCAAGAACAGAACAGCUUCACAUACGACUGGAUAGUCCGAACCCGAGUCGAUGGGUACUGGUCCUCCCCAUUGAGUCCCGUAAACUUCAUCCCCGGUCAAUACCUGGUCCCACCCGGCUCCUCCUACGGUGGACUUAACGAUCGUCUUGGCAUCGGCGAUUUCAACACCUCCACGGUAGCGCUGUCGCGCCUCUCACUCGUCCCCGAACUUGACUUGGCUGGGUUUCGCCAACUCAACUCGGAGUGCGCAUUCAAAGCCCAACUCACCACCCAAAACAUAGCCUACAUCGCCAAACGCCUCCCAUUUUGCGUCGUAACUGACCGGAAAUAUUCUUUCCCGCCGGAUAAUUAUGGCGUUCCGGUUGCAGCCUUGUCCAGUCCGGGACCACUGAGUGGGGCCAAGUGUAGGCCAUGCGAGCCGGUCUGUACUGGGGGAUGCGUGGGAAAUGUGAUGAAUGGGCUGGACAGAGGGUGGAGCUGGACUGACUGGGCCAAUGGGAGUCUUCAGCUUUGUGAUGCUCACGCAGAGUGGCAAAAUGGUUGGGAGGAGACAUUCGACAAAACAGCCGGGAAAAAAUUAGCCGCCGCGAGGAAGCAAGUUUGGGGUUUGAAGUUGGAGCAAUGUGUGAAUGAUUUUGAGGAGAUGAAGAGGCGGACGGCGAACUGGGAGGCUCCGCCGGCGGCCGAGGUUUGUGCGCUCGGUUUGGGUUCGGGGUAG